AUGGCGUCGACAAACCUGGACGAACAUCUGCUGAGUCGAUGGGACCUUGCCGCGUCUGCGGGUGUUAUGCGGACAAAUAUUGACGACACAUUACGUCGUCGUGUACCUGGGACCUUAGGACUCAUUGUUCAGUUCAACCCAAGUCAUCGCAAGAACAAACGGCCAGUGGAUCCGCUGCUUUUACAGCUAUCGACUGAUGAAACUUUUGCCAACCCGAAAGUAUCGGACUUUAACUUUACGAUGGCCAAGAGAGAGGAAUUCCUGAGUGGAUUCCGUUUCAAGACCGAAGACGACCAGCAUCUUCUUUCUGUGCAGACCGUUGAUAUGGGAGAUGUUGGUAAGGAUGAACCGGAGCACUUUGUUCUUGUUAAUGUGGCUCCGUUGGUCCGAGGUCACAUGUUGUUUGUGCCCGAGUUAAAUCGUGUGAAACCGCAGAAAAUGACGAAGAAGUUUAUGCUGUACGCUCUUAGUAUCUCCCAGGCGAUUCGACGAGAGGACUUUGCUCUGGGGUUCAACAGCGCUGGAGCUUGGUCAUCUGUGAAUCACUUUCAUCUACAAGGCUACUUCUUCCCUCAUAUUGAAAAUGGGACGAGUGUAAACUUUCCGGUUGUGACUCAGCUGAGAGAAGAAAUGUUUCGUAUCGGUGGAGUAGUUGUGAAGUACCUUCUGGAUUGGAAGACGACUAGCUACGUCCUUGAGCCUGAGGAUCCAGCUAGCAAUGAGACACACGUCAUGGAGAUUGCGUGGACGAUACUGGAGCUUUUGCAGUCUCAAAAGAUGCCACACAAUCUUCUUGUUGUAGGCAGGGUAGUAUUUAUCUUUCCACGUCAGCCGCAGCGCGAAAAUGGUACUGGCUUGUCUACCGACAGUGCGUCCGAGACCGAUACAACUACAGCAUCUGCUGGCAGUCUACGAAUUGCCGUAGCUGAACUCUCGGGACUUAUCAUUGCUGGAGACAGCGUAGUGUACGACAAUCUGACCGAAGAGAUGUUCAACACAAUUCUGAACAAGGAAGUCUCACUUGUUCCGAGCGAGGAAGCUGCACUCACGGCGGCAUGGAAAGAGAAACUUAACAUCAAGAUGGAGUAA